AUGGCAAAGAUUGACAGCCGGCUGAGCCAGCUGGAUGUCUACAUGGAGCGUGCGUACCAGUUGGCGCCGAAUCAGCAACGGACGCUGAAGAACUACAUCAAACACAACAUGAUACGCCCGCUUGGUACAUACAAGAAGAUCUCGAAGAACAUGGAGCCGAAGAUCAUCAAAUAUGCCGAAAAGCUUAAGAUCCCGGAAUACGCGAAAUCCCCCGGCAUACGCACACACGUCAACGAAUUCCUGAAUCACCAGACAACGCAGAUCAAAGCCGCGUUUCACAAGAAGAUAAUCGCCCGCGUCGAGAAAGGACACGCUCUCGAUGCCUACGUCAAGGACGUUAUCCUUCCCUGGCAUAUGUCUCCGAGACCGGUGGUGGCACCUCGUUCGAUCAUGGCUCGUGUUGCGUUGCUGUCUGAUAUUGCUGAGCAGAAGCGCAAGAAGCUGAUCAAAGACUUCUGGAGCGCCGUGGAAACGAAACUGCGGGAGCUCGAAGCGAAGCAUGGAACGAACAAACAGUCGGAUGAAUGGAAACAAUGCGACGAGGAGUACAUUGCGGCCGAUCAAGCCAAGUAUAAGAACACCGUUGAUGCCGAGUUCUACAACAUGGAUUUCGACGGCGAAACGGACCAAGCCUUCGAUUUUGACACGAACGGCGCGGACGAUGAGGCAUUCGGGCUCGAUGUAACCGUCAAUUAG